CCACAAUUCAGCUUGACGCGCGAAAAGCCGACUGAAAUAAAUAACAGUACAGUGUUGGUCGUUGACAGUUUUACUCUGACUAAAAUAAUAAACCAUGAGUAAAAAAGACAACUCAGCUGUAACACAGAUCCUCGCUUACCUGAAUGAGAAGAACAGACCGUAUAGUGCUCAAGAUGUCUUUACCAACCUACAGAAACAGUGUGGCUUGGGUAAAACGGCAGUGGUCAAAGCCAUGGAGCAACUUGCCCAGGAAGGAAAGAUUCGAGAGAAAGUAUAUGGCAAGCAGAAAAUCUACUUUGCAGAUCAGUCUCAGUUUGCUGAUGUGAGUGAUGCUGAACUAAAGAAGAUGGACAGUCGCAUUGCAGAACUCAAUUCUGAAGCACAGAGCGUUUCACAGAGCUGCAGACUGCUAGAUACAGAGCUAAAAGAGCUGAACAGCUCUUUAACCACAGCAGAGGUACAGAUCCAGAUCCAGGAGCUGCAGGCAGAGUGCUCUGAAUACAAAGAGCGCUUGAAUAAAACUCAAUCAGCCACGAACCAUGUAACCCCAGAGGAAAGGGAGAAGGUUUACAAAGAGCGAGAGACUUAUGUGAAGGAGUGGAGGAAAAGGAAGAGACUGGUUUCUGAUAUGAUUGGAUCUAUUUUGGAGGGGUACCCAAAGAGCAAGAAACAAUUUCUGGAGGAGGCUGGGAUUGAAACAGAUGAGGACCAUAAAGUGACAAUACCCAACAUUUGAUGUAGGAAUUACUGAUUUAAUUCAGGUACCAUGGAUACUGUUGCUGGGACACCAGAAGCUGGAGAUCAGACACUAGCUGUAGGACAGAAACGAAUCUGAGAUACAGAAAGAACUGCAUUGUUUAAAAAACGUUAUGUAUAAAUGUUGAGAGACAAAAACAUUGUAAAUAAGUUUGAACAUUUAUUUUUGAAUUAAAAAUGAUACUGAUACAAAAAUAUUUCAACCAGAUUCUCUCGACAUCACAAAUGCAAAAGCACUAGUCUAGUAGCAUGAUUUAUCCUUAUUUCUGUGGGCUAGCAUUCACUCCACUAUGGCUUGUAAAUGAUGUCCCUUUUUCAGCAAAUUAUUUAAGUCUCAGAAAAAUGUCUGUUUUCCUGAGUAGACUUCAGUUGUAAAUUCAUUCUUUGAUUUACAUUCAUUAAAUUAUAAAUAUACAUUUGGUGGUCAAACCACAUGAAGCUGUUACUGUGUCUUAUACAGCAAAGAGAACAUACUGAUCACAAGGACCCAAAACUAACAAAUGUUCAGAAUAAAACACUGGAAAACGAGCUACACAAGCUUAUCAUACAACUUAA